AUGGAUAUCGUUCAGUCCUCGCGCGCUUACUUCGCCAUGCCCUCGCCCACCCCCGAGGAGAAGAUCACCCUCCAGGCCUCCAACACAGUCUACACCUACCACUGCCUAUGCAGCCACCUCCUGCUCGCAACCACCACACCUCUACCCGCGCUUCCCACACGGCAGAACUCGCAAGACAAGGCGCACAUCAUGCCUCUCCCGCCCGCGACCAAGGCGGCCUCGGCAUCGACCACGCACUACGGCCUGCUCCUCUCAACGCGCCAGGAGCGCACAGCAGAGAUUCUCACCAGCGACUCGGGCUUCGAGAAGCGCUAUCUGCAGCGGUGCGGGCGGUGCAACCUCGUCGUCGGCUACCAGCUGGACUGGGCUUCGUUCGGGGGCGAACGCACGGGCAGGCGCGACGACGUCGCGUUCCUGAUCCCCGGCGGCUUCAUGACGACCUCCGAGAUGAUCAACUACAAGAGGACCCAGGCCGCGAAUAGCAGUACCGGCACCGCGGCACCAGGCAUGUCAUCUGCGACGGCUGUGGCUGCGUAG